AUGACUGAAGAAGAACAACAACAGGUUCCCAAAGUUGAGGAUGUUCUGACUGUUGUUAAUGAAGAGGAAAAAGGCUCGACCGUGGAAUCAAAGGAAAUUCUUGAAAUGCCUGAAAAACCCCUCGAGGAACCUAUCAAAAUGGACGUGAAUAAUUCUGAAACGCAACCAUGCGAAUCUGAACAGAAACCUCCUGUUAUAACGCCAACUCCGGACGUUAUGCCUGAUGUGCAACCCAGUAUCCCUUCGCUUGAAGAAUCUCAACCCGAACAAUCGUCACAGGAGCAUAUUAAUCCAGUGCUUGUGGAGUCGCCUCAUCCGCACGAUAACUCCAAGAUGCUUGAGGAAUCUCAACAACAUAUGAAUGUUCAGGAACAGCCGGAACAGGAUAAAUCUAAUAAUUUAAGUAAUGAAGUCAUAAAAGCUCCCGAAUCCAUUGAAAUUUCACAACCUCCACCCUCAAACCAGCCAGAUUCCGAACAAAUUCCCGAAACUGGAAAAAAUGAAGACAAUUCAGUGGAUAAUUCAAUGAUAACAUCGGAUGUUCCCUCACAAUCACCACCCACACAGAAUCCUGGUACUCAGGUAGAAUUUAAUACCGCUAUGGCAAAGGUAAAAGAGAUUGCCGCUAAAUUAGGAGUUAAGCCGACAAUUGACUCUACAAGCCCCCAAAACCAUAAUAACAACGCAACUCAACAGGGUGUCAAACGCUCUCAUGAUGACAGUUAUAGUUCUCAUGGUUCUAGAGACAGUCGCGACGACUACCGUGAUGAUUAUAGAAGAGACUCUUAUAACCGACGAGAUCGAGGAAGCCGAUACGAAGAUUAUGGAAGAGAAUCAAAAAGAGCCGCAUAUGAUGAUAAUGGUGGUCGACAUCGUUAUGGUCUGGGAAGCGAAGAGAGAAGAUCACACCAUGGUUCACACUAUGGUCCAGGUGGUGAUUCAUCUCGUUCAACCACCCAUGAAGAAUUUAAAGUCCCUAAUGCCGUUGUAGGUUUGGUAAUUGGUCGUGGUGGAGAAAAUUUGAAAAGGAUUGAAAAGCAAACUGGAGCGAGAAUUCAAUUUUCACAAGAUCAACCUCCCGAUGUUGUGGAAAGACGUGUCACCAUUACCGGGACACCUGAAGAUGUCAAGAGCGCUAAGGGAAUGGUUCAACAAUUAGUAGAAGAUGCAAUCAACGGAAAUUCCACUAGUCGUCGAGAUUCACAAGGAUUUAGUAGGUCGAUCACGAUUCAUAUUCCAAGUAGCAAAGUUGGUGUUGUAAUCGGACGUGGUGGGGAGACCAUUCGAGAUUUACAGGAUAGGAGUGGUGCUCGUAUAAAUGUUACCCCAGACAGCGCAGCCAGUCCCCAAUCUAACGACCGACCUGUAACUUUGAUUGGGGAUGACGCCGCCGUACAAAGGGCAAAGGCGCUGAUCGAUGAGAUUGUGAAUACAGGCGAAUCAUCACUGUCCGAUAGGCAUCCAAAAGAUUACCGAUCCAAUAGUUACAGCGGUGCGAGUACAUAUAGUAAUGACAGUCACGGUAGUAAUUAUGGCAGUGGCGGUCAUUAUGGCCCGCCUUCCGGUCCCUAUGGUGGUCCUCCGGGAGGUAAGUCUAAUCAGGAUGGCAUCACCAUUCAGGUUCCAAAUGAUUCUGUAGGCUUGAUCAUUGGAAAAGGCGGAGAAACAGUAAGAGCUCUCCAACAACAGUCAGGUGCCAGAAUACAAAUUGAGCCCGUACACGGUGUGCCGCCAGCUGAACGUAAUGUGCAGAUUACCGGUUCUUCUGAAAAUAUUGCUAUCGCGAAACAAUUGAUUCUUGAAAAAGCUGCAUCUGGAAAUGUACUAUCCGCGAAAGAUCAUCACGUCAUGGUGGAGAUCAAGGAAGAGGAGAUUACAGUUCAGGGAAUUACCAGCAAAGCUCUUACCAACACGGUAGCUAUCAGCAAGGCAGCUAUCAGCAGAGCGGUUAUCAACAGAGUGGGUGGUCCCGUCCCGGGAAAUACUUCGGGGCAAAAUUAUCAACAAAACCCCGGAUACCUGACGAGCUCGUACGCCACGCCGCAACAACAGCCUGUCUAUGGUCAGAGCACUAACAGUGAUUAUGGUCAGACCAACAACACCAGCGGAUAUCCUACCUCCGGUUCAUACGGGGUUCCGAAUCAACAACAACCGCAACAACAAACCAGCUACAGUCAAUAUGGACAGUAUCCAAACCAAACGCAGGCGACAACAUACAAUCAGUAUCCAACUCAAACGCAGUACGGUGCGUACGGUCAACCUCCUCAGUAUAAUCAAAUAUCCACCGGGCAACCUGUGGGACAAUCCGCUGGACAACCUGUCAUGCAGCAAUUGAGUCAACCACCAAAUCAACAGCAAGUUGGCUACUAUCAAACACAACCAGCUGCCGUCGAUCAAAGCAAACUUGGACAACCAACCGAAGUUAAAUCAGACUCGCAAACCGUAUCAUCGGUUCCAAAUUAUGGUUACCAGCAAUACGGUUAUAGCUAUGGGACCACUCCUGUUGCUGCUACUGCUCAAUUUUCAACCGCUGUUGGUGGACAAACGCAGGUAACUACCGCAACCACUGCCCAAGUCACUGGUGCAUAUCCUGUGUAUAAUACAGCCUCAACGGGCACCGCCGUCAAUCCGCCUGCGACAUCCUCGGCACCUGGAACUGGCGAUCAAAUUACCACGCAACAGUCUUACUCCGUGAUAAUGUGUGAAUUAAUAAAUAAUUUGGUACAAUUAAUGCCAAUACCCAACGUCGAUGGCACUGAUAUUUUUGUUGGUGAGAUAAUCGAAGGUGCGGACAAGGCUAAAAUUAGGAAAAGGAAUUUCACCCGAAAACAAUCCAAAAAAAGGAGAAAACCGGAUGGUGCAAAUAAACGCCGCGGUUUAGCUCGUAGAAUCAAAAGGCCAACUUCUGACUGUGCUGGCAGCGCUAUUGACCCCAAGAAAAGCAACAAUUCUAAUAUCCGAGUUAUCAGAGGUGAAGAUGGACAACUCAAAAUCGUUGAAGGGGGAGAUAGUGAUGUUGACAAUUAUCCGAUUCCAAUUAGAAUGGAGAGCUCCGCGGGAAAAGGUGCCGGUAAACCGAGAAAGAGGAAUUAUGCGAGAGCUUCGAACAACAAAUUACGCAAAAACAUAAAAUCUACAAAUGUUGGUUCUGCUUAUAAUGGUGGCAAAGAAAGAACGAGGCAAAAAAAAAGUGAGGUGUUACCAGAAAAGGUAUCAACCAAAAAUCCUGACGACAGUAUUCAGAUUGUUGAUGAUGAUAGUGAUGAUGGACGAAGAAAAAGACGAAAAUAUUGUGAGGAUACAACUGUUGAUCAGACUUUGUUGAGAGACACGCAUGAGAACCCGAUUGCGUAUACUGAGCAAUCACAGGGUUCAGAAAUAUUCGAUCCUUCAAGCGCGACUCAAGAUAAUACAAUCACAAUUUCAAGUGAUAAUACUGGAACUGUUGUCAUAGAUGUUACCGGCAGGAAGUUACGUCCAAUGGUCGAUUGCAUAGUCCCGAAGAGUGACAUGAGUUCCAACGAAUUGAGGAAAAAGUGGGCUAAAACGCAAAAAAAUCGAAUAAAAAAUAAUCAAAGCGUCCUCGCUAUAGGAAGAAAACAAGACUGUAGGGAAAUACUUCAGUCGGAGUAUGCAAGGCAAUUUUGGAAGACUAGAGAACAAACAUUAAACGGCAAUGGUCCAAAUUGGCAGGAAAGUCUCCGUAAAGCGAAAAGUAGAAACACCACGUCUCAUAAUUAUUCCAUCGUACCACAAAGGAUUGUACAAAAUGAUCGUGAAUUACAAUCUCACUCGCGUUCUAGUUCUUCGAGAGAUUUCCCGAUUUCAACGAGGACUAGGAGUAAAGCAGUUCCAAAUUCGAUUGAAAUCGAUGGAGAACGUUUUUUGCAGAAAGCUGUUAAAUCCUCUCCGUUCCCUCCAGGUAGAGGGAAGAACGGUAAUUUCGAGUUACCCGGAGAAAUUGACAGCUCACAGGAUGCCAUGAUGAGUGAUGAUAGGGCUGAGAAAACCUUGAUACAUUCAUCAUCAGGUAGCGAAAAUAAUAAAGAUCCGCACGAAUGGCAAAUAAUUGAAGAAACUGUUGUGAUGACGAGCACUAACUGGGAAAAAGAUAUUCAUACAGAAAGCGAGGAAGAAACUGUUGAGUUAGUAAGCGAUGGAUGGGAUGAUCAUGGAAUUCAAGUUGAACAGAGUCCUUCGAAUCAAUGUUUAGUGUCUCAGGGAGAAUUUCAUGCUUCUAGCCAAGACUCUAUUCAGCCAUUGACAUGCAACGAAAUUUUCCAAACUGAACUAGAUGUCUCGAAAGAAAAUUUUGAACAGAAUAUUGCAGAAUUAGAAGCCGCCUGUCAAGAGUUGGUGCAACCCGAUUUCAAAGCUGGGCCGCAAUACUCGACUUCAUCGAUGGAUCUAGAUGAAACCCUGGACAGUUUAAGUAGAAAUAUGUCCGAUAUUAUACCUUGUUCACCUCUUUCAAGUUUUUUGGAAAGACUAGCAGAAUGUUCCGCAAUGCCAAAUUCUCUCGACAGCUACAUGUCGUUUUCGAUUGCCGGAUCAAACCCUUCAACAGAAGUUGAUAUUUCAUUCGAAGAUUGUCUUGCAUAUUCGCAACAGUCGACAGAAUUUGAUUUUUCUCAAGCAAUAACUUCAAUAAAUGAAACUGAUGUUUCGUUUCAUGAUUCUUGUAACGGAUUGUCUUCCUUGACAACCACCCCAAUAUGGGAAACGGAAAAUCCUUUAUAUAGUUGGGAACGUAACUUAGAUUUGACCUCAAUUUACCCAUUAUAUUCAACUAAUGAUACUGCGGGAAUUCCCACCGAUAAUGACACUAAUUGUCAGAGGUUGACUUAUGGACCUACGGGCAUGGAUAUUACUUUGCAGGACUUACCAAUUAAAAACCAAUUGCUACCGUUGAAACGCGAGGAGGAACCUUGCGAAGAUGAUAAAAGUCUGGAAGAUAUUAGAGUAAAACCACAAGUAAAGAGAAAAAGACGUAGUAAGUGGUCCAACUUGGAGCUAGAAACUCUGGAAAAGGGGAUGGAAGAGUAUGGAACUAGUUGGGUAAAAAUUCUAGAAGUGCACGGGAAACCCCAUGGCCACUUGCGAGACCGCACGGCCGUUCAAUUGAAGGAUAAGGCGAGAAACGAAAAAAUGCGAAGAGCUCGGGAGAGAAUACCAACUGGCAUAUUUGAAAUCGCUACUGAUUAUGCUUAG